AUGUUAGAUAUGGCAAAUACCAAUAGUAUUCGUGCAACUGCUGGGCCAGACAUAUUAAAUUAUAUGUUUUACAUUACCCCCCUCUCCCCUUCAGAAGAGGGGGACGUUGAGGAGGGGGGACGUUGA